UUUAGGCUGGAAAAGCCGGUGGGAAAACACUUGGAGGCGUAGGGAUACGAGAGAGAAACACGUUGCUAGCAGGUGUAUGACGCAAAACGGAGCGGAGAACUAUGACCCAAAUAUAGUGGUGAUGAUGAUGAUGAUGAUGGCGUUGUGAAGCUGGUCUGUUACUGACAUCAGGAGCACCUCCGGCAGUCAGCAGAGUGGUUCCCUUAACUUAAGAAUGAUGUGGGUGGGUGCUAGCUGCUGAUGUAUUUCCCCCAGAGUGGCUGUUAGCUCUCUGUGCAGAUAGACGCUGUUCCCUGUGCCACCCAGCAACAUGUCAGGUGGCUACACACCGGCCCCAGGGGGGCCCUUCUCAGCCCUCACUCCCAGCAUGUGGCCCCAGGACAUCUUGGCGAAGUACCAUCAGAAAGAUCCCUCAAUGGAAUCUGAACUCAAGUAUGAUGAGUUUGGCUUCAGAACAGACAGUGAAGACGGUGAGGAACCAAGGACAUGGAUUGGCAGUGAGGGCUCACCGCAGCGAGAGGACCCCCAGCAGCGCCUGCGCUGGCAGGCCCACUUAGAGUUUACUCACAACCACGCAGUGGGGGACCUAACCUGGGAGCUUAUCUCCCCUGUCCUGUCGCGUUCUGAGCGCCUGCACUCCCUUGUUCUGGGAGGCAUACCUCACAGCAUGAGGCCACAGCUGUGGAUGCGUCUCUCUGGGGCUUUACAGAAGAAGAGAACUUCUGAGAUCUCUUACAAAGAAAUUGUCAAGAACAGCUCCAAUGAUGACACAACCACAGCCAAGCAGAUAGAGAAAGACCUUUUGCGGACUAUGCCAUCCAACGCAUGUUUCAGCAGUCUGGUCAGUGUCGGCGUGCCUAGGCUGAGGCGGGUGCUGAGAGGUCUGGCCUGGCUCUAUCCAGACAUAGGCUACUGUCAGGGCACUGGCAUGGUGGUUUCCUGCCUCCUACUCUUCCUGGAGGAGGAGGAUGUGCUGUGGAUGAUGUGUGCCUUAAUCGAGGACCUCCUCCCCGCUUCCUACUUCUCCUCUACCCUGCUGGGCGUCCAGACGGACCAGAGAGUCCUCCGCCAACUCAUCGUCCAGUACUUGCCUGCUCUUGAUCGCCUCCUGCAGGAGCACGACAUAGAAUUGUCGCUGAUCACACUACAUUGGUUCCUCACAUCAUUUGCCAGUGUGGUGGAUAUUCGGCUGCUGUUGAGGAUUUGGGACCUGCUCUUUUACCAGGGCUCUCUGGUGCUCUUCCAGGUCACAUUGGGCAUGCUCAAGAUCAAGGAGGAGGAGCUGGUAUCAUCAGAAAACUCGGCAUCCAUCUUCAAUACAUUGUCAGACUUACCCAGCCAGCUGAGAGAUGGACCUGCGCUAUUAGGGGAAGCAAUGAGGCUGGCGGGGUCAUUAUCUCAGGAAACACUGGAAGCCCACCGUCACAAGCAUCUGGCCUACAUCCUCAAUGAGCAGGCCCAGCUCAGCAAUGGAAACAAUGGGACGCUCAACACCAACCUCAACAAGGUGGUGAGGAGACAAUCCCUGCGCAGGAAGUCCACACUGAGCUCUCUGUUGUUCGGGGAGGAUGAGGCAGAGGCCCUGAAGUCCAAAAACAUCAAGCAGACGGAGUUGGUUGCAGCCCUGCGAGAAGCUAUCAGCCGCAUUGCAGAGCAUUUCAACUGUCUGGAUCCACACCACUCCAGCACCGACCUGACCCCUGACUAUUCCAUGGAGAGCCACCAGCGGGACCAUGAAAACUUCCUAGUUGUGUCUCGUAACCGACGGCGACGAGCCAAAGCUCUUUUGGACUUUGAGCGCCAUGAUGAUGAUGAGCUGGGUUUCAGAAAAAAUGAUAUAAUUACUAUCAUCUCACAGAAGGAUGAGCACUGCUGGGUGGGAGAACUCAAUGGUCUUAGAGGUUGGUUUCCAGCAAAGUUUGUUGAGAUCCUUGAUGAAAGAAGCAAAGAGUACUCACUAGCAGGCGAUGACUCUGUGACGGAGGCGGUGACAGACCUGGCUAGAGGGACUCUGUGUCCAGCCCUCAAGGCCAUCUUCCAGCAUGGCCUCAAGAAACCAUCCAUACUUGGUGGGGCCUGCCACCCAUGGCUCUUCAUAGAGGAGGCGGCCAGCAGAGAGGUUGAGAGGGAUUUCAACUCAGUAUAUUCCAGACUGGUGCUGUGUAAAACCUACAGGUUGGAUGAAGAUGGGAAGGUACUAACACCUGAAGAGCUGCUAUACAGAGCAGUGCAGUCGGUGAACCUGAGCCAUGACACAGCACAUACCCUGAUGGAUGUCAAGUUCAGGUCCCUUAUCUGUGUGGGUCUCAAUGAGCAAGUGCUCCACCUGUGGCUGGAGGUGCUGUGCUCCAGUAUGGCUGCCGUAGAGAAGUGGUACCAUCCAUGGUCCUUCCUCCGCAGCCCCGGCUGGGUGCAGAUCAAGUGUGAGCUCAGGGUCCUUUCAAAGUUUGCCUUCAGUCUCUCUCAAGAUUGUGAACUACCUGACAGAAAGGAGGAGAAAGAGCAGAGGCCACUGAAAGAGGGAGUGCAAGACAUGCUGGUGAAGCAUCACCUCUUCAGCUGGGACAUCGACGGCUAGACACUAAAAGACUGCAGAAAAACUGCUGCACCCCCUCCUUUCCUUGUGUGUGUGUGUGUGUGUGUGUGAGCCAUCUUUUAAGCUGAUGUUCACAGACUGAUAACAGUCGUACAUCUAAAUCCAACAUCACCUGCAGCUGGAGACUGUAUCACAAUUAUGAAGCGUUGCACUUCCUCCUUCAUUCCACAGAUUCGGUGAUGUGCACCAUGUAGUUUGCCAAACUUCUCUGCCAAAAAAAAAGAAAAAUCAGCAUCCUCUGCAUCAACUUAAUCUGUGUUGCAGUCGCUGAGCACAGAGCGAGCGCCUUUAUUUUUCUAAGGUCAUGAUUAAGUUCAGUCUGUGUUUUAUGCUGUAAGCUUUUAAAGUCGGAUGGAAGUGGUUUAUCUUUCAGACUGUCUUUCGGACGUUGCGUUGGUUUGUGUGGCGUGACGUGUGCAUGCGUAAGCAUACUUCAGAGUCUGAUGUUUGUCUGGUAAAUACUAGUUAAAUCUUCACUACCGUAAGCUAAUGGUACAACACUCCUUGUGCACAAAGCACAUAGCUUGUGGACUGGAAAGUUCGUCCCUCAGAACGUUCAGUAAAGAGUAUUUUUGUAGUGUGUCCUCACAGCUGUGUGAUGCCUGCGUGACUGUGUCUGUCUGCAGUGAAGCAGUGACAAAUGGACUGUAGGUCAUUCCUUUCUGCUCCUUGUGUUUGUAUGUUAAACACAGCAACGUGAUAAGCACUCGACUUUGUCGUGGACCUACCUUCCCCAGUAGUCCCAGUGUACUACUCAAAUGUAGUGAAGUAGAUGAGUCCGUCCAAAUGCUGCCGACGUUUAAAUGUGUUAAUUCUGUAGGGGAGCGCUACUUUACUUUCCUCUGUACCCGAAAACGCCACUGGGUGCUCAUUAAAUGUUCAUGUCACAUCCGCUAAGUCAAGUCAAGUCAAGUCAAGUCAAGUCAAGCCUGUCCAGCCAGACUGGUCUCACCACUCGCUGCUGACUGAAGAGUGGUGAACAGUAGGUGAGACCAGCGAACAGUAGGUGAGACCAGCUGCUGACUGAGCAGCGGUGCAGUAGGUGCACUGGUACGACACAGUUUAAAUCAAAUGGGUUUCAGCUACGGUGGCUGAGAAGCACACGUGUCGUUACGUUUAGAGGAAACCUAUAUAAAUGUUACAUAAAUGUAUGAGAUGGCCUAUAAUUUGUUAUUUGUCUUUGCUUUUUGUACAAAAAGUGUACAUUUUGAGAUGUGAUUUGUGACUAGAUAAGCUUGUGGAGGAUUUAGAUGAUGACAUACUCAGUAGUGCUCGGUGGUCGAUUUGGUCACAUUGAUUUUUGAGUUGAACUCCAGCGUUCAUGUAAACCAAGCACUUCUCUGUGUUACAGUAGAUGUAAUGCUGGCAUUCAGCCAGUAGUACGUACCCUGUUCGAGCAAACUAUUUACUGUCUACCUUAUCGCAACUUUUCAUGACCCGUGUUGGUCUGUUUUCACUUGAUGUUUAAUAGCUGAUUUAAGUGGUUGACAGAUGACUAGUUACUAGUGGCAGUUUUGAUUUUCCCCUGUUGCCAAGAAUAUAUUUUAUUCCCUCAGAUUAAAUCUGAUCUUUCAGCAACCAGCUUUAAGUUUGACGACUUUUUUUUUUUUGGCUUAAAAAUACUGGUGAGGUAAAGGUUUGUGAUAUUUUCACAUCUUCAAACACUUGUAAUUUAAAACGGUUUUCAAUUUGGUACAUUUGAGCCCAAGUAUAAAUCACACAUUAAAUACACUGUCCAAGUAUAAA